AUCAUCGGCGACAACCCGGGCACCACGUUGCAGCACGUCGUCUACCCGGCGACGGCCGAGAACUACGCGGCGAGCACGCGAAACGGCUCGGUGGAAGUGCAGAAGAUGCUGCGAGACAACUUCGAGACGUGUCCCUCGACGAAGAUCGUGCUACUGGCGUAUAGCGAAGGGGCGAACGCCCUCGGGGAUGCGCUGUGCGGCGGUGGGGUGUUGGACGUGGAAACGGUUGAGCCAGGACAGGGGCUUGGAUUGACGCUCGCAGUGGUUGCAAUCAUCCUUUGGGGUGAUACACGCUUCAACACGAGCGAGACGUUUGCUGCGGGCACGGCCCACCAGAAUGGGCUUUUCCCUCGCCCCGCGAAUGAAUCAUGCGAAUACUACGCACCGCGCCUUCAGUCGUACUGUGACGACAAUGACAUGUACUGCGCAAGCGGCGAUAGCGAGGAGGUUCAUAUAUCGUAUGCCGAUAGGUAUAACACGAAAUCGCUGGAAUUUUGUGAACUCGAAAUUGCAGAGGGUAAGGUUGAUCGAUGA